GCGCUGUGGGGCUGCUCGCUGUCAUGGCCCCGUCCAGGGACGUAUUGUGCUGUGACAACAAUGUAAAAACGCUUUUCAUCAGGACAAGGCUACUGAUGGACAUCAGUUCUUAAAGCCAGGAUGAACGAAAUGAACCUGAGCCCUGUGGGUAUGGACCAGCUCAGUGUGCCCUCAGUGAGUGCCAGCCACCUGGGUCUGCCCACCUCCCCCACACACAAUCCCAUCCCCACCUCAGGCAUGCCAGUGGCCAUCCCCAGCCUGGGUCCUUCCCUGGGCUCCCUCCCUUCUGCCCUCUCGCUGAUGCUACCCAUGGGUCCACUGAGUGACAGAGGAGUGAUGUGCGGCCUUCCGGAGAGGAACUACUCCUUGCCGCCUCCUCCAUACCCACACCUGGAGAGCAGCUACUUCCGACACAUAUUGCCAGGGAUCCUGUCUUAUCUGGCAGACCGUCCACCACCUCAAUACAUUCAUCCCAGCAGUCUUAACAUGGAUGGGACCCUGUCUGUGGCUAGCAACAAUCCCUCAGUACUUGAUCCCUACAGUGGCCCAGGGGGCCCCCUGGAGCAGGGUCUGGUACCUAUAGAUUCCAGACAGGUCAGUGGGCAGGGUGACCUCCACCAGACUGGUGCACAUGAAUUAAACUCGACAGGAUUGGCCAUGGAGACACGUGUCAGUAGCCCCAUGUCUCCAGAUAGGAUGGGAGAAGAGCUGGCCUCUAUGGAUGGAGUUGGAGUGGUGGCAGUGUCUGACACGCAGCAGCUUGGUGGUGGAAGGCAGCCUCAGCCGCAUGAGGGCUUGACUGGUGUGGACUCAUCUGGUGGGGUGUUGCCCCUCCACGGGCCCUCUGUGCUUGAACUACCAGUGGUUAUGGAGCCAGAUCACAUGGGAGGUCGAGUUGGAAACACCGGGGCAGGAGCAGGUGGACUUGGGGAGCAGCUCCAUUCAAAUGGGGAGCUCAACUCGGGAGUUGUCAGUGUGGUGCUAACUGGCUCCAUGGCAAAUCAGGGUCAGCUGGAACCGGUGCCUCUCCAUGGACACUCUGGUAUGGGGUUGGAGUCGGUAAAUGUGUCCCCCAUCACUGCAGAAGUGUCACUGGGGCCUGAAAACAACCUGGUGUUGGUGAACUCCUCCUUGCAGCUCGAAGAUUCUACGUCCAAUAAGGAGAACAUGGUCACCGCCUACACCAUCUGGUGCACACUAUGUGAGCGCUCAUAUACCUCAGACUGUCCAGAACAUGGCCCAGUCACCUUCAUCCCUGACGCUCCCAUCCAAAGCCGUGCCCGCCUCUCACUACCACGUCCACUGUGUCUGCGUAUCUCAGUGGCUGAUGAACCACUUGGAGUUUUUGCACGUGAUGUCAUUGCUCAGAGGACGUGCUUCGGGCCAAUGGUUGGCCAGCAUUGUAGCAACGUGGAUCUGUCUAAUUGGCCAGAAAAAGACACACCUCAAAUAUGGAAGAUGUAUCACAACAAUGUGCUGGAGUUCUACAUUGUAACAACUGAUGAGAACGAAUGCAACUGGAUGAUGUUUGUGCGCAGGGCAAGGACUCGCGAGGAGCAGAACCUGGUGGCAUACCCUGCAAAUGGUAAACUAUUCUUUUGUACAACCACAGAGAUCCAUCCGGAUCAGGAGCUGCUCUUUUAUUACAGUCGCGACUACUGCAGGGUAAUGGGUGUACCUCAGGUGCCUGAGGGCCAGAUCUGCCAAUGUGGCGAAGAGUGCUCAACGUUCACUGAGCUCAAGUCUCAUCUUGGCAGCCAUAAUAGUAACCACAGCCAUCAUCAGCCUCCACACAGCCACAGCCCAUCACAACAGGACCACUCUCAGCAGCAGCAGCAGCAACAACAACAACAACAACAACAACAACAACAGCAACAGCAGCAGCAGCAACAACAACAGCAGCAAGAACAACAACAACCACCACAACAACAACAACACACUCAUCAGGAAGAGAAGCUCACCAAUGGGACGUCCAGCUCCUCCUCAUCACCAUGGCCCUGCCACGCUCACACUGCAGGACAAACGAGCAAUGACAACACUAGUAGCAGCAGAGACAGUGGUGACAGGAGCUCUAAUAAUGUAAAUGGCAGAGCAAAAGGACAGGGUCAUGUGCGGGAGAAGAAAUUCAAGUGCAGCAUGUGUUCCCGGGCUUUCAUUACAUCCACCAAGCUCAAUGUGCAUUUUAUGGGACACUUGGGCAUGAAACCUCAUAAGUGUGAAUACUGCAGCAAGGCCUUCAGCGAUCCCAGCAACCUCAGGAAGCACCUGAAGAUUCACACAGGUCAGAAGAACUAUCGAUGCACGGUUUGUGAAAAGUCGUUCACGCAGAAGUCCCAUGUGGCCUCACAUAUGCUCAUCCACACCGGUGCAGAGAAGCUCAAGUGUGACCUGUGUGACCGGGCCUUCAUCAGGAAGCAUGACCUGACACAGCACAUGUUCUCUCACACACAUGAGCGCAGGAUACAGUGUCCAAAGUGCAACAAACCCUUCCUCAAGACCAACCACCUGAAGAAACACAUGAACUCUCAUGAGGGCCGCAGAGACUUUAUCUGCGAAAAAUGCUACAAAGCUUUCCUCACCAAAUACCACCUCACCCGUCACCUCAAGAUAUGCAAAGGACCCAAGACGGAGAAAACAUCCCACAAAGAGCAGGAAAUGGAUGAGGAAGAGGAGGAUGAGGAGGAUGAGGAGGAUGGCAGCAGGGGAGGAGGAGAAAGACUGAUUGACUCAGCCAAUGAUGAAGACUGCGGUUUAGAUGUGGGAGGAUAUAACUCUGAGAAGUCCCUGUCACCCCCGCAUUGAUAACACCGAGCCUCUUGUUUAUUUAAGAACUUCACAACAACACUGAUAUUUAUUUAAAUUAUAUCAGUUACUACAUUCGAAUGGCCACCUUGAACAUAAGUGAAAUAUUUUUGUUUCGUGUAAGCAUAGCAGUGCUUCUACAAUGAUCUUAACCCUAAAGAUCUGUUUCUCUUGUUUCUUUUAAGGGAAGCCUGUGCAAUAUUGUUGGUUUAUAGGAUUCAUAUGAGAGUUGAUACAUUUUUCUUCUUUGAUCAGAUUUUCUAUGAUCAUCUCACUAACGGCGUGUCUGAUAUCAUAUAUUGUGUAGUUGAACAUUGUCAUUUGAAAUUUCUGAUGCCAUAUUUAUUAUUGUGUAAUUCCUGUAUACCCUGGGUCUUUGCUUUUUAAUUUAUCAAAUGCAUCAAUCUAAUUAUUUUAGAUUGCCUGUGUGAUUGGAACAGAGACUUUGCGUUAUUGUAAUAGUCCUCUGUGUGAAUGUUGAAUAAAUGUUAAAAUAAUGUUA